AUGUAUAGGAAAUACGCGGACGUUGCUGGGUUUGAUAUCCGACUGGCCAGCAAGAAAAUGAACUCGUUGGGUGAAGUGCAAACACGUUAUUUUGUUUGUAGCAAAGAGGGUAUUCCACCCAAAAAGGAAUUUGAUUCUUUAGAAGUUUCAUCGGGUGAGAGGAGAAGACGUAAUACAAAUUUCAAACGUACUGGUUGUAAAGCUUGCCUAAAGGUACACUAUGUCAAAGAGAGUGGCCGGUACAAGGUUUAUCAUUUCAUUGAGUCUCAUAAUCAUAUGCUUUGUCGUUCGGAUGAAAAGUUGUUCACCCGUUCAAGACGCCAACUUGACUACAAGGAUCGUAAAUUUUUUUACCAUGCAUCCAGCUCUAAAGUUGGUAUCACUCAAUCACGCAGGAUGCAGUUGGCAAUUAACGGAGGUUUAGUAUCAUUAGGUGGGACAGCUAGGGAUCAUAUGAACUUUAGAAGAGACAUAAUGCUAUUCGUUGGUAACAAAGAUGCACAAAUGCUAAUAAACAAGAUGAACAAACGGCGUGAACAUUUCCCAGAAUAUUUUUUUGAAUAUAAGUGUGAUGAGAAGGAGUUGAUUGCAAUUUUUUGGGCAAAUGAAACAGCAAGAAUGAAUUACAAACAUUUUGGAGACACCAUAUCGUUUGACACUACAUUUCGGACAAACAAGCAUGCAAUGAUUUUUGUWCCAUUUGUUGCAAUUGACAAUCACAAGAAGUCCGUUGUGGUUGGUGCUUCAUUGAUUAGAAAUGAAUCAAUCGUUAAUUUCACUUGGGUAUUGAGGGCGUUUAUGAAAGCACACGGUACUCAGCCAAAGUUUGUAAUAACCGAUCAAUGUGCAACAAUGAAACAAACGAUCCCUAUAGUUUUUCCAGAAGCUACUCAUCGAUUGUGUAUGUGGCACAUAACAAAAAAAGUGAAGGAAAAGAUGUCUUUGUUGCUUUUGCUUGCUCUAUCGCUUUCUUUUUGGCUUCGGGAUUCAUUGCAUGAAACUGAUCAACCUCUUUCACGAUUGACUCCCUUCUUUUGA